GUUUAUUUCAGUAACAGUUAUCCUAUUUGAAUUAAAGAACAGGUUUUAGUUAAGCUCUAGAUUUUAGCUCCAACCAUACUUCGGAUUAGGGAUAGAAUGGCAAAUAAAGACGACACUUUACAUGACCACAACAGUGUUGCAAGUGAAGAAGAAAUGUCAAAAUAUUUUACAGGUACUCAUGAAGUGCUGAGCUGCCCGGAAGGUCAAUAUGAGUCACAUUUGGAUCGCCACAAGAACAGCUGUAAGAAAUCUCAUGCUGAAUAUGUGUCUAUAAAUCAGUUAACCAUUGACCACUUUCCUUCUGGUUACAAUGAUGUGUAUCAACUCACAAAAGCUUUGGCUGAUCUAACCGUCAGGAUAGCCGUUAAGUUCACCAGUCUGGAGAGACCAGAGCUUGUACCAGGCACUGAAGAUCCAUAUCCAUGCUCAGACACUAAGGGAGAGGACUCACUGAGGAUAGGAACUGGAAGGGUGUGGAAUGCAUAUAAGUACACAGAAGGAGAGGACGAUUACAGGACCUGCCCGUGUCCUGAAUGUGACAAAUCGGACACACCCAGAAAAGAGUGGUCCAACAUUGUUGUGGUGACAUCCAGACAUGUGGUUUACGAUUUGAGUGAGGCGAAACAAACGAGCUGUAGAUUAUGGUUUGAUGAGGAUAGUUGUCCUAAGGUCAUCAUUCAUGGCUGGGGGAUAGGAGGAACAAGCGUUAAGGAGGACUGGUGCGAUCUGUAUUGUGUGACACACGACUUAAGUGUAGGUGAGAAACUGGAGGAGAUGGUAGGGCAGUUUGAUAGUUUGUGUUGUGAAGUAAGUGAAAAGUAUAAAAGUCGCCGAGAUGUGGACAAGCUGACCAUUAUAGUGUCACAUCCUCACGGGUGUUCUAAGCAGGUGUCUAUAGGUCACUGGGUACACAGGCAGAAGGUAGGAACCUACGGCACCAGGUACACGUACACAUCUUGCACCUGUCAAGCAGUGGCGGAACUAGAAAAAUAG